AAUCGGUGCCACAAAGUCACGAAAAUUUCGAGCUACCAGUGACUAAGUUAAGUCAGAGAACUAAAUUGUUGCUUUUGUUGAUGGAGUGUGGAUAGAUAUCAGGGGCGGAUACAGGAAUUUAAACAAGAAAAAAAAUGAGUCACAGUUUGUAUUUGGAAUUUUUGAUGGAAGAAGAGAAGUGUUUAUCACAACUAGAGAGUAAGAUAAAAGAUCAGUUAAAUCGAUUGAAAGUAGAAGAACUGACAUUGCUGAAAUUGAUCAGUAAUAGUGAUCAUAUUCAACAUCCGAAUACAACAGCAGAACAGGAUGAUGUGCAUUUGUUUAAAAUUGUAUCAAACGACGAUGACGAUGAUCUUCCUCCAGCUCAACUAAACAAAACAUUACCUGCCCAAACCGAGACAAACAAAAAUAACUGUCAGUCAACCGAAGUCGGGAGUGAUUCGUCUCUUUGUUUACAGUCCACAAUGAAUGCAAGCACUGGUGUGGAAGCCAACGACAUCCCCAUUAACUUAAGCAGCGUACACAAUACGAGUCAUAUACCAAGUGAAAGGAACUCAACAAUAACAACAGAUCAUGUUGUCGAAAAUGGUUCGAAUGAGAACACUGUCAUUGUGAAUUCUUUUCACGCAAAUGAAAUACAAAGUGAUCUGUCUGUUAACACGAUACCUUUAAAUCUCAACUCUACACCUUCUAGCAUGAUAAGCUCAGUGAGAACUGAGGAUGCUUUGGGAGAUAAUGUUGAAGAGGAAGAAGAAGAAGAUGAUAGUGAUGAUGAAAUGUAAAAGUUGUUUCCAUUUUGUCGUCUACUACAGUCUUACUGAAAACUGCAGUUGUGCAAGUGUGUAGCUACAUUUUCUAGAGUUGAAUAAUUUAUAUGAAUCCUUUUGCUUGUCCUAAUUUUUUAAGCAGAUUUCAGAUUCACACAAUUUUUUAUGAGCAACUCGUUUAUAACCAACUGUACUGGAUUUAAAAAAUUAUUAAGUAACUUCUGUGCAAAUACAAGAACAAGGAGCACUAAAAAUUCAUUUGUUGCGUAAAUAGAAAGGGACACGCUUUCAUAACAAAAGGAACAAAACUCCAAGCAAAGAAAACUACAAUAACUUCUUUGUUACACACUUCAGUUUAUAUUCAAGAACUUUCUUUCACCAAAAAUAUGACUUGUUUUCUUCCUUCCGUUUUACAUAAAUCACGGAAAUUAAUAAAAUUAAGCAACAAUCAAGCAACUUGAGAUCUAGAUAUUGACUAAAAAAUAAGCAACUUGAGGUCUGAUCAAAAUCAACUUGUUUAUAGAGCAUAUCUUGUAUUCGCAUUCAUAAUCGUUUAUCUCGUAAAACGUUUUCGAAAUUUAAGUAAUUUUCGAACUCACAAAAGUUCUUUCAAAAAAUAAUUUUUAAUACCUCUUGCACAACUCGUUGAUUUCAUUCCGCUGCUCCGAUUUUUUUUUUCAAAAUUACGCUAGAAAUUAAUUGGUCAAACAUAACAUGUUGCUGGUCAAAUUGGUUGAGAAAGAAUAUGCAAGUUGUUACUGUAUUCUAAUAAUUGACCAAACAUAACACAUUAGUGUUCAAAUUAGUUCAUAAAGAUUAUUAAAUAUACAAUAAACAAUGGCUUGUUCUAUAUCUUGCGCAAAAAUUUAAAGUAUUCCCUUUAAAAGUUUCCAUAACCUAUUGUGGAAUUGGUAGUUAGGACAUAAAGACGAAAUACGUGUUAAGAAAAAUAAAAGCAGUGAAGUUAUGUCAACACGGAAUGUAAGGAGUGGGUUUUCAUCCUAUUUUGUACACAAACACUACAUAUGUCAAUAACAUUGUUGACAUACAAAUGACGAAAGAUAGUUAUACAAGAGCUCACUUAUAAACAAGUGGUAAGAAGAUUAGAACGCUAUUCGAUUCUUGCCUGAUCGUAACUCAAGUAGAUGAUGAGAAACUAUUGUCAGAGUGAAUAAUUUUCGCGUUACUGUACUGUGUAGCCAGAGAUAUUAUGGAGGUAUCAACAUUUUUAAAAAUUUGGAUACUUAUUUUGAGUGUGACUACGUUUUGUUGCAUACUCGCUUCUUCUGUUGGUAACCAAUGGGUUGCAUUGACAAUGACCAAAGAUUCAAAGUCGUUGGUUGCAGUAACGAACGGGUUGUGGAAAGAAUGUAUCGACGAUAGAGGCAAAGGUUUUAUUUGUCGAAAUAUUAAAAACCAACCGCAUUGGAUGAUGGGUGACAUGACUUGGUUGGAUACUGCUCGGAUUAUUGCUGUCGCCUCCUGCGUACUGGCGCUUCUUACAAUUGUGUGGAGCAUAGUCGGUUUUGUGAGACCUUUUGCCAGUUACCUAGCAACGCUUUGCAGUCUCUUAUCAAGUGGAACAAUCUCGGCUGUGCUUAUUAUGUAUCAUGCGGAGAAUCAAUGGACCCGUCAACGCAACUUUGAAUACGGCUGGUCGUUUAACGUCGGCGUCGUUGGUACUGUCGUGUCGAGUGUUUCCUUUCUCCUUGGACUAUUUAUCGGAGUUUAUGUAGAAAAUAAAGAAAUACACAAAAUAAAUUACAAACGUCAUUCAAAGAAUUUUUACUGAUACUACUGAGACUAUGGUAGUUUAUAAAUAUAAACGAAGGAUUGUACGUGUAAAUAAAAAAAUUAAAAAUUGUAUUUAUGUUGAAAAA